AUGCCUGUCUCUGCCUCUCUCCGCCAAGAGCGCAGCCAGGAGCGGCCGGUGAGCCUGACCUCCACCACCUCCUCAUCGGGUUCAUCCCGUGACAGCCGCGGUGCCAUGGAGGAUCCCAAUGGCUCCGAGGCUUCUGCUGAGAACGGGGCAGGCUCCCCGCGCGGCCGGCAUCCCCCCAACGGCAACCCCAACUCCAGUGGCUGGCUGAGCGUGAGGGGGCCCCUGUCUCCGUUCAGCAGCCGGGCCCCGGCGGCCCCGGCACAUAAGCUCAGCUACCUGGGCCGAGUGGUGCGGGAGAUCGUGGAGACGGAGCGGAUGUAUGUGCAGGACCUGCGCAGCAUCGUGGAGGACUACCUCUUGAAGAUCAUUGACACGCCUGGGCUGCUGAAGCCAGAACAAGUCAGCGCCCUCUUUGGGAACAUAGAAAACAUCUAUGCACUGAACAGCCAGCUACUCAGAGACCUGGACGGCUGCAAUAGUGACCCUGUGGCUGUGGCCAGCUGCUUUGUGGAAAGGAGCCAAGAGUUUGAUAUCUACACCCAGUAUUGCAACAACUACCCCAACUCAGUGGCCGCCCUGACCGAGUGCAUGCGGGACAAGCAACAGGCCAAGUUCUUUCGGGACCGGCAGGAGCUGCUACAGCACUCUCUGCCCUUGGGCUCCUACUUGCUGAAGCCCGUCCAGCGCAUCCUCAAGUACCACCUGCUGCUCCAGGAAAUCGCCAAACAUUUUGAUGAAGAAGAAGACGGCUUCGAGGUGGUGGAGGAUGCCAUUGACACCAUGACCUGCGUGGCCUGGUACAUCAAUGACAUGAAGAGGAGGCACGAGCAUGCAGUCCGGCUCCAGGAGAUUCAGUCACUGCUCAUCAAUUGGAAGGGACCAGACCUGACCAUCUAUGGGGAGCUCGUCCUGGAGGGCACGUUCCGCGUGCACCGCGUGCGCAACGAGAGGACCUUCUUCCUCUUUGACAAAGCUCUGCUCAUCACCAAGAAGCGAGGCGAUCACUUUGUCUACAAGAGUCAUAUCCCGUGCUCCUCCCUGAUGCUGAUCGAAAGCACCAGAGACUCCCUGUGCUUCACCGUCACCCACUACAAGCACAGCAAGCAGCAGUACAACAUCCAGGCCAAGACAGUGGAGGAGAAACGGAGCUGGACUCACCACAUCAAGAGGCUCAUCCUGGAGAACCACCACACCACUAUCCCCCAGAAGGCCAAGGAAGCCAUCUUGGAAAUGGACUCCUACUAUCCCAGUCGGUACCGCUGCAGCCCGGAGCGCCUGAAGAAGGCUUGGUCCUCCCAGGACGAAGUGUCCACCCACGUGCGGCAGGGGCGCCGGCAGUCUGAGCCCACCAGACACCUGCUCAGGCAACUCAGUGAGAAAGGCGGAACAGCAGGAAUGAAGGAGAAGGGGCGUAGGGAGUCCGAAGGCCCCAAGAGCCGCAGAAGGCCCGGCGGCCGGUCUCCCACUAGUGCUGAGAAGCACAUGAGCUUUGAGUCCACCUCUUCGCUGCCAGAGGUUGAGCCAGGCCCUGAGCCUGAGACAGAGCAGGAAGUAUUUGCUGCUGUGGAAGGUGCCAGCAUCGAGGAGGUGCCCUCAGACAUGGAGUCUCCAGAAGUCCUGGAAACACAGCUUGAUGCCCACCAGGAGCUGCUGGGGAUGGCCCCCCCGGGUGACAUGGUGGACUUUGUGGUGGCCGAGAGCACCGAGGACCUUAAGACUCUGAGCAGUGAGGAGGAGGAGGAGGAGGAGGAGGAGGACGUGGGUGCCACGCAGGAGCCUGAGAGCCUCCUGCCGCCCUCCGUGCUGGACCAGGCCAGCAUCAUUGCCGAGCGGUUCGUCAGCAGCUUCUCUCGGCGGAGCAGCCUGGCCCUGGAGGAUGGCAAGGCCAGUGGCUUUGGGAGCCCGAGGCUGACAAGCCGGAGCAGCAGCGUGCUCAGCCUAGAGGGCAGCGAGAAGGGCUCGGCCCGGCGUGGCAGCACCACCGACGCCCUCGGCUCGCAGCCGCCCCCAGAGGUGGACAGCGGUGUGGGCGUGGCCACAGAGAGCAGCCCUUCGGUCAACGGGACGGAGCCCCCGAGCCCAGGCUGCCCUGCAGAGCCCGACAGGUCUUCCUGUAAGAAGAAGGAAUCGUCACUCUCCACCCGAGACCGGCUGUUGCUGGACAAGAUCAAGAGCUACUAUGAGAACGCGGAGCACCAUGAUGCGGGCUUUAGCAUCCGGCGCCGAGAGAGCCUCUCCUACAUCCCCAAAGGGCUGGUGAGGAACUCCGUUUCCAGAUUCAACAGCCUUCCCAGGCCGGACCCAGAGCCCACGGCUCCGCUGGGGCACAGGAGGCAGGUGAGCUCCCGGCCGGCUUCGUGGGCUAUGUUUGACCUCCCAGGCCCCGGCCAGGCGAGCGCUGGGGAGCCAGCUCCUAUCACAGAUGCUGAGUUCAGGCCGUCUUCAGAAAUUGUAAAGAUCUGGGAGGGAAUGGAGUCUACCGGGGAGAGCUCUCACAAGGGGCCUGGCCAAGGCCAGGCCAAUGGUUUUGACCUGCAUGAACCGCUCUUCAUCCUGGAGGAGCACGAACUGGGGGCCAUCACCGAGGAGUCGGCCGCCGCCUCCCCUGAGAGUGCCUCCCCCACGGAGCGGCCCAGCCCGGCCCACCUGGCCCGGGAGCUGAAGGAGCUCGUGAAGGAGCUGAGUGGCGACGUCCAGGGGGAGCUGGUGGCUCCACUGCACCCGCGCAUCGUCCAGCUCUCCCACGUGAUGGAUGGCCGCGUGAGCGAGCGAGUCAAGAACAAGGUCUACCAGCUGGCCCGCCAGUACAGCCUGCGGAUCAAGAGCAAAUCUGUGCCAGCCAGGCCACCGCUCCAAUGGGGAAAGGCGGCUCCCACCAUUCCCUGCCUGCAGGAGGAGGCUGGAGCACCCUCGGGCGGCAAAGGUAAGAGAAAGCCGGUGCUGUCCCUCCUCAACGAUGAGCAGACGGUGGCCCCGGAGCACAGCCCGCCCAAGCCCUGCUCUCCUCGGCAUUGCUCCUUCAGCCCCACUGCUGCCAGCCCGAGGACCACCUCGCCUGGGGUCCGGCCCUCCUCUCGAAGCCCCCUCAGCCCUUUCGACACUGAGACCUUCAACUGGCCUGAUGUCCGAGAGCUCUGCUCCAAGUACACCUCCCACGACGAGGCAUUCCAGGCCGAGGGCGGCCGGCCCCGUGGCCAGCCUGUCAACCGGAGCCGCUCGGUGCCGGAGAACAUGGUGGAGCCCCCUCUGGCGGGCAAGGUGGGCCGCUGCUGCAGCGUGGGCGCCAAGAGGGGCCGGGCAGACCCAGAGGCCACUCAGCCCCAGCCGCCUGGGGGAUUGGCCCAAAGCAGGCCAGUCGGAGAGGAAGCCCUGUAUGUCACCGCAGACCUCACCCUGGAGAACAACGGGCGGGUGAUCGUCAUGGAGAAGGGGCCUCUGCCCUGCCCCACUGCGGGGCUGGAGGAGGGCAGUGGGCAGAGACCAAGCUCACCAGCAGCCGCGGUGGGACAGGGGCUGGAUUUCCAGGAGUCUGGGAUUUCCAGGAGUCCAGAUUAUUGGCCAAAGGAAGAGGGUCCCAGGGACCCAGUGGACCCAGGCCAGCAGGGCAGAGUGAGAAACCUGAGGGAGAAAUUCCAGGCCUUGAACUCUGUAGGGUGAUUCUGAGUCCAAGGAGAGGGAGGAGCCGUGUGGCUGCGGGGGGGACGGGGAGGGACCACGGCAGGCUUGCCCUCAGGCCUGGCUCACCCUGCUCACGAGGGCCCCUGGAAGAAUGCUCCGGUGUACCCGGCAAGUGUCUUCACUGGGAACCGGCUGGUGCACCCCUGGGCUCGGGGCGACUUUCCACAGGCCCAGUUGAGCCUUUCUUCCCACCGAGGCCAGUGUGACCACUUCCCUUGUAUAUAGUUCUUUGGUGAGAAGCUGAAUAUUUAAGCUCUCCUCUUCCCAGGGAGAGCAAGUCGUGCUCAGGCCUCCAGUGUUGGGCUGACCACUGCCGGGCUGAGGCGCCCACCCGGAGGAGUCGUGGGGAGGUGGCCUGGGGAGGCUUUCCUCUUUGUGUCUUUUCUUAGGAUCCAGGCAGGAACCAGGCCCAUAAUUUAUUGCUUCCCAUUCCGCGGUAUAUUUGUGUGUGCACGUGAGAGUUUGUGUGUGUUCUUUUGUUGUGGAUUCCUCUCCCGUGAAGAAUGUAACGCGCUCAGUUCAGGUACUUUUGUAGGUUGUCUUGCUGAUCCUGUGGUUGUCACUAAUGUAUAUACAUUUCAUUAUUUGCCAAUGGUU